CCUGCAAAAUCCGGCUAAAAGCCAUUUUGUUUUUCAGUGUUCUUUGCGAGGGUACUGGAAACAAAUUUGCGCCCGAAGCUUGCAGUUGCAGCAAGGGUUCGGUUUUCACCGUUACGAUGUUUCCCUUGGCUAAAAACGCACUGAGUCGUAUCCGAGUUCAAAGCAUCCAGCAAAUAAUGACAAGGAAGAGUCACCAGAAAAGGACACCUGACUUCCAUGACAAAUAUGGGAAUGCUAUAUUAGCUAGUGGAGCUGCUUUUUGCAUUACUGUAUGGGCAUAUACAGCAACACAAAUUGGAAUCGAAUGGAACCUGUCUCCUGUUGGCAGAGUCACCCCAAAGGAAUGGAGAGAUCAGUAAUCAUCCCAGCAAAAAUCAACUCAAAAUCAAUGCCAAGUGUAUCCAAUAAAAUAAGGAAAUCAUUGAAAUAAAAUUUAUUUGAAACUAUG